GUAACUUUGUGAGAACCAUUUUGCAGCCUGCUAUAAGGUUAAUGGAGAGUGAAGCUGCUGGUGUGAUUCCAGAAGCAGCAGGACAUGUUUUUGAGUGUUCUGCAGGAGGAGUUGGAUUAGAUGGUUCUCUUACAAACCUCACAGGCGUUGAAGAUGCUUCCAAAGGCUGGCCAGCUGUUGCUGGCAAAACAAAGGAUAUGGAAACAUCACACCAGGGAGAAAAUUUGGAAUUUUCCUUUUUAAUAGUAAAUGAUAAAGAAGGAGACAAGCGACUUUUUGUGGAUCUAGGAGUUUAUACAAAGAAUAGAAAUUUCCGGAUGUAUAAAUCAUCGAAAGCAGGAAAAAAUGUGAUUCUGAAGAUAGCAGAGGAUAAUAAAUUUGUCCCUAACUGUGAAGAGAACAUUUCCUUGGAAGAAGCAUAUUUUCUUUCCUCUUUGAUCUGCAACAUUAGAGUGCGGGAUGACACAAAAGUUCUGUCAUCUGGCUUUUCAGAGGAGGAGAGAAAAACAUCUGCUUUUUUAAGUAGUACAACUACUAGAAGCAGUAGAGAUUCUGUGGAAGGUUAUCAGGACUCACCGUAUCCAGAAAUUGAUUAUUUUGUUCGUUCUUUGGUUAAUAAAGAUGGUGUACAAGGAGGGAUACGGCAAUGGAAUUAUUUCUGUCUGGAAGAAAUACUUGUAUAUGAUAUUUCUGGUUACCGUUGGUGUGAAAAUAUUGGAAGAGCUCACAAAAGUAACAACAUAAUGAUUCUGGUAGAUCUAAAGAAGGAAGUCUGGUAUCAAAAGUGUCACGAUCCAGUCUGCAGAGAAAAAAACUUCAAAUCACGAAGUUUUCCAUUACCACCUUGGAUAUGUCUCCCUUUUCUUUUCAAAGAGGAAGAAGAGUAUACACUAAUGGAUGAAAGGGGGAACACAGAAGAAAAAGUAAAACCAUAUUCUAAUGUGUCAAAAAGCUCAGUACCUCUAGAAAAAAGCUUGUCUGAAGACAUCCUGAUGUCAGAGAGGGAGUGGGACAAUGUAAGCGAUGAUGCCUGUUUCCUAGAAGCUACUGAAGAUGCGGAACUAGCUGAAGCUGCAAAUGAUAGUCUGAAUUAUGCCACAGAAGAAAUUCCUGAUGAAGUUCUUUUGGAAGCUGUAAGGAAACAGGACACUUGCAGUAAAGGCGACAGCUAA